AUGCCUCCGGGACAGUCACUCUUCCAAUCUACACCGGACUUCAAGCUGUCAUCGCUCAUGUCCUUCGAGGGCAACCUGAAGGAGACUAUCUCUAUGGUUGAGUUUACGACGAAUAUGUGGAUCAAGCAGAACGGUUCUUCUCAGAUUUCGCUCAACAUCAUAUUGGUGACUGGACGGAGGGACAUCCGACAAGGCGUAUCGACCGACCUCCGCCAACACGAGCAGUGCUCGCUUGAGAGCCUGUUGACGUCCAUGGUUCAUCCUUCUGAUCUCGCAACAGGUCACCCCCUGCUGUGCAAGGGUGACUCUCAUACGAUCGAACACGGGGACACCAGUCUAAACAACCUAACGGUGGAUCCCCAUACUCUCGGCGGCGUCCUUCCGGACUUUGACCUCCCUCGGAUCAGCGACAAAAAUGAGGAAUCUGUACCGCAGGGUACGGGGAGGACGGGGACGGUCCCUUUCAUGGCACUGGAUCUACUCUGCGAGGAGUACUGGGAAGGGAAAAUCGAGCGUGUUUACCGUCAUGACUUGGAGUCAUUCGCGUGGGUCAUCAUAUACCUCGGCUAUACCAACGACGAGACGCUCAAACCGCUACCGGUGGUCGACUGGUACACGUCUGAUUACGAGGAGUGCCGCCGCAGGAAGCGUGAUUUCUUGUUCAGAUCAAUGCGGACGGUGACAGACUCCGCGCACAUUGUGUACGGGUCGCAACAGCCGUGGCUUUUGGCGAUGGAGCUCAUGGACUGGGUCAUUGCCGUGGAAAUCAAGAGGACGCGAGACCAACUGAUGCAACUUAGGAGCACAAUGGCAAUAGCUGACGAUUCCCGGGAGGAUAUGGAGGCGGACGGAGCGCGAGAACGCACGGAGUUGUUGAACGUAUUUGCAAAGCACUUCAUGGAACACCUGGACCUGCGAUCGGGGCAAGCUUUCAAUGAGUGGCUCAAGUUACCUGCCGACGACGCCUGCCGGGCGGUUACACCAGGAUCGGCCGACUGA